GGUUUUUGGUUGGACGAGUGAGAGAGUACACCAAUAGGAAAUUGACAAGAGGCUCCCCACCGAAGUGUUGCAGAAUGUUUGGAAAACUUUUAUUGCCGUUCAUUCUCCUCUUUAUAUUUCAGCAGGACCCUGUUGACGCACAAAAGAAAAAGGAGACUCUCCUGUCAGAGAAGGUGACCCAGAUGAUGGAGUGGACCGCCAAGCGUUCUGUCAUUAGAAUGAAUGGGGAUAAAUUCCGCCGCUUUGUGAAGGCUCCCCCCAGAAAUUACUCGGUGAUCAUCAUGUUUACAGCGCUUCAGCCGCAGAGGCAGUGUGGGAUCUGCAGACAAGCCGAUGAAGAGUUCCAGGUGCUGGCGAACUCCUGGCGUUAUUCCUCUGCUUUUACAAACAAGGUCUUCUUUGCGUCUGUGGAUUUUGAUGAGGGAUCGGAUGUCUUUCAGAUGCUCAGUAUGAACUCUGCUCCGACAUUCCUCCACUUCCCUGCCAAAGGAAAACCUCGCAAGUCCGAUACCCAUGAGCUCCAGCUCAAAGGCUUUGCAGCUGAGCAGCUGGCAAGAUGGGUAGCAGACAGGACUGGUGUGCAGAUACGAGUUAUUCGUCCUCCCAACUAUGCUGGGCCGCUCCUCCUUGGCUUCCUCCUGGCUGUUAUUGGAGGACUGGCAUAUCUACGGAGGAACAAUUUGGAGUUUCUCUUUAACAGCAACGUCUGGGCCUUCGCUGCAUUGUGCUUUGUCCUGUUCAUGACCUCUGGCCAGAUGUGGAACCACAUCAGAGGACCACCGUAUGCUCACAAGAACCCUAAUACUGGCCAAAUUAGUUAUGUCCACGGCAGCAGUCAGGCCCAGUUUGUGGCGGAGACCCAUAUCAUCUUACUUUUCAAUGCUGGUGUUACCAUGGGAAUGGUGCUGCUGUGUGAGGCCGCUGGCUCUGACAUGGACAUUGGAAAAAGAAAGCUUAUGUGUGUUGCAGGUGUUGUUCUGGUGAUGCUGUUCUUCAGCUGGCUGUUGUCCAUUUUUAGAGCAAAGUAUCACGGAUACCCGUAUAGCUUUCUGAUGAGUUAGUGCUGAUCAGCAUACUCCUCCUGUUCUCAGCCUGUAUUGACCUGGAAUACAAAAGUACCUCCAUUAUGCCAUCAUUAUUGUCACAUUGUUCUUACUGGAAGACAGUAUUUGUCUUCUGAUCCGUUGAGCCAAACAUUCACGGAUCAUGCUUUGCAAAGACCUAAAAAGCAGUACAACAAAGAUGCAGGUAUCACUUGAUUGUGUACAUUGUGUCAGGUUUUCUCCUGGGAAAGCGACACAAAAGCACAAACAUUGGGUGUACGAAACUGAGGAUAUUUUAAUGGACACAAUCUAUGUCAAAGUAUAAAAAACAGACUGUAGAGGCACAACAGAAUGGAUAAAGUGCAGUUUACUAAAUCCAGUGAUUCUUUUAAAACUCGGUUUGCCAAAUUACAGAAAUCUACACAUUCAUUUACAAUACACAAUUUAAAGGUUCCUGCUAAUUAAGAUUAAAGCAGGGGUGUCCAAAGUGCAUUUGCACCCUGUGGCUUUUUCUAUUGGCAUAUUCUAAAUAUAUCAAUUAACAAAAAAACAUCUAGAAAAAAAAGUUGUAUACUAUCAAUAAAAAUGUUAUAUUGGGAAAAAUAACAAUUUUCGUCACAAAGUUGACAUUUUGUCUGAUAUGAGAAUAAAGUCAAAAUAUGUUUAUAAAGUUGUACGUACGAGAAGAAAAUUUACAAGAAGUUGAAAUACUUCUGAAAUAAAAAAUAACAGAAAUAGAAAAAAACAACUGGAAUUUUAUGAGAGUACUGUCAUCAUUUUAAGAGAAAAAUUCCAACAGAAAAAUGUUGCGGUUUUAUGAGAAUAACCCCCGAAUAUUAGGAUUUUAAAUGUCAUUUUAAUAGCAUGGUGUUGAAGAAACAUGACGUUAUUUUUAAAAACUAUAAAACUUUUAAAAAAAUAUUAUGUUUGGAAAAUUAGGAUGGGAAUGUAGGAAUAUCAGAAUGUAGGAAUAAAGUCAUAUUACAAGAAGACAUUUUACUAAGAUUAUUUAAGAAGAAUGUUGAAAAUGUGAAAAAUUAAAGCAAAGAGUGAAAUUGAUGCCGUUUUCACCGAUAUGAUGAAGCUGAGAUAUAGUUUUUUCUCGAAAUUUCCAAGCAUAUGACUCACUGGAAAACGGUUGGACAACCCUGCCAGAAAGAGUCGGCUGGCAAAUGAAGCAGUUAUAUUUAUGAUCACACUUUAAAGGAAAUGCUGUCUAAUAUAAUGUUAAGGCUGGUUUCAGUUUGUGUGUGAAUAGUUUUUGCGAGAAAACUUUACCUUAAGUGCCUCAUACAGCAUAUGUAAAAAUUAUUGUACUGACGAGAUGCCAAGUGCUCAAGGUUUUUAUUUCUUUUGUCUUUUUUUUGUCUUCCACAAAACAUGUAUAGCCCACAUCCCGCAACUAUGUAGUUUAUUGUGGCAAGGAAACGAUGUACAACUAUAGGUAUCAGAGCAAUUGGCAACCUAAAAUGCAAAAGUAUGUCUAACAAAACGUACACGAGAUAAACAAGAAAUCCCUCGUUCGUGGUGAUUUAUCAGUUCCAGACCUGACCAUGAUAAAUGAAGUUUGGCAAAGUAGGAUUCCCCAUUCAUAAAUGGAAUAUUUUAGAGAAUAGUUACAGCACAGAAAACUGAUUCCAAACUUCUCAUGUUAUUUGAACCCUCAUUUUGCCGGCAUAAGGUGUGUGUUUUUUACUGGCAUAUGGUGUGUGUUUUUGGGGUUAGUGACUAAAAUGUCCGCUGAUAAUAUGCAAAAGAAGAUGUGGCGAACAUUCUUUUUUGGCUGGAAGUGUAUUGUGUGUGUUGAGAAUAUUGACUGUUAAGAUGAGCUGGGUGCAAGAAUAAACGUUCCUCUUGUGUUUUUUCACUUGAGACCAUGCACAACAUGUCACAUUAAAGCAGUAAAACACACCUCCGCUUUCUGUGAGGGUGGUUUGUUGCAGCAGGCUGGGCAAUGUGUGAGCCAAACUGCCAACAGAAUAGUCGGGGUGUAUGCUUGCCGGAUUUCAGUACUGAGGAAAGUAUAGUUGCUGGGGGACAGUUAAGUCAUGAGUUUGCCUUCUCAAAAUAAUAUGUGUAUAUUUGCAUGACAAAAGUGCCUACUUGGAAAAAAAAAAUCAGACCUCACUAAUUGCUCAGCGUCAAUUUCUCUGUCGUCGUAUCACUUUGCACUUUUGACCAAUGUUGAAUAGUACGUCUUUCAGUGUUUGAUUCUUUAUGUUUGAAAAUGCUUCAUUAAGGUAAAAGAAAUACACACCGUGCAUAAACAUGCAUAUUUACCUCUAAUAGGCUGUAUAGGUCGACUACGAAACAUUAAUAUAUUUUUGAAAAGCUGCAAAAUUCGAAGGGGUUACUUAUUUCUAGUGUUUGAUUGUUCCAAGUUUAUCCUUAAAUAUUUAUGUAUUUUCAGUGUGGGCGUAAUCGUCGAAGUGAUAUACUGUGGUGUUUUUGUUUUGUAUUUGUUUUUUAAAUAUGCCUGGCUAACAAAAACUGAGCUCCACCCUCGGACUUUGGACAUGGGAAUGAAUAGUAUGGAUACAUCACACAUUGUUCUAUGUUCACGUCAUCUUUACAUAUAUGAAAACAAAUUAAACGUUUUGAUGUGCA